UCUUCUCAUUCGCACCUAUGGACUUAAUUGUUAUCAGAUAUGGCAACCAAAACAACAACCAUAGCAUAAAAACGGGUUAUGCUUAAAAUCGAUAGAUAGGCUAAAGUAAAAUACUGAGAAAACCCACUAGGACGGACGCACCUUCCUACGUUUACUGCUGUCCUGCAAUACAACCGUUUUAAGAGGCGACUAUUUGAGUAGUUGCAUAUCAUUGGUACCUUUGCAAGGUAAGGAAACACAGGUUAAGACAAGCAACAUUUCAGGGGAGGGGAUAACGCGAGCAGAAAGUUCUAUAGCCUCACCAGUCAUCAUUAUGCCGAGGUAUAACUUUUUUCUGUGUUUGAUGGUUUAUGUUUGUCUGGGACUGUCUGGGAGUGACGAACCUAACCUUUUUCUGCCACCAACGAGCGAGAUGCCCACGGACGCUGGGCUGUCGCUCCUUGAUGAGGAGGCAGGCGCUCACGAAUGUUCAGCAUGCGUUUGGAGAGAGCAAAGUAAAGUCCUGAGGCUGGAAACCAUCAAAUCUCAGAUCCUGAGCAAGCUGCGGCUUAAGCAGGCUCCUAACAUUAGUCGGGAGGUGGUGAACCAGCUGCUCCCAAAAGCGCCCCCGCUCCAGCAGCUUCUGGACCAUCACGACUUCCAGGGAGACGCGUCCUCCCAGGAUGAGUUUAUGGAGGAGGACGAAUAUCACGCCACUACAGAGUCCGUCAUCACUAUGGCCUCGGAGCCGGAGCCCUUGGUGCAGGUGGACGGCAAGCCCAGCUGCUGCUUCUUUAAGUUCAGCCCCAAACUCAUGUUCACCAAGGUGCUGAAGGCUCAGCUGUGGGUGUACCUUCGGCCGCUGCAGCAGACUUCCACCGUCUACCUGCAGAUCCUCAGGCUGAAGCCUGUCACGGAGCAGGGCAGCCGCCACAUCCGCAUCCGCUCAUUGAAGAUCGAGCUCAAUUCACGUGUGGGCCACUGGCAGAGUAUCGACUUCAAGCACGUGCUGCAGAACUGGUUCAAGCAGCCGCACACCAACUGGGGAAUCGACAUCAAUGCCUUCGACGAGAGCGGCAACGACCUGGCAGUGACCUCGCUGAGACCAGGAGAGGAAGGGCUGCAGCCGUUCCUGGAGGUUAAGGUUCUCGAGACGACCAAACGUUCCCGACGUAACCUGGGACUGGACUGUGACGAGCACUCCACCGAGUCCCGCUGCUGCCGCUAUCCGCUGACGGUGGACUUUGAGGCCUUCGGUUGGGACUGGAUCAUUGCUCCUAAGCGCUAUAAGGCCAACUACUGCUCGGGCCAGUGUGAAUACAUGUUCAUGCAGAAGUACCCACACACCCACCUGGUGCAACACGCCAAUCCCAGAGGCUCAGCAGGGCCCUGCUGCACCCCCACCAAGAUGUCACCCAUCAACAUGCUCUAUUUCAAUGACAAGCAGCAGAUCAUCCACGGCAAGAUCCCUGGUAUGGUGGUAGACAGGUGUGGCUGCUCUUAGGCCCAACAGAAGUCAUGCAUACUCAUGCACACCCAACUCUGCAUUAUUUCCACCCAGAACCCUGACUGAGACCUCCUCUGGCAGCAGACUCUCACUCCCCUCUCCCCAGACUCUCACUCCCCUCUCCCCAGACUCUCACUCCCCUCUCCCCAGACUCUCACUCCCCUCUCCCCAGACUCUCA